GACCAAACGCCUGGGCUGGUCCUGCUUUAGUGCUUGGCGUUUGGUUACACUGACAUUAAAAGAGGGAGAGAAGAGGAGAGAGAGAGAAGGAGGAGGGAGAACCAUGGACUCCAGGCUGCUCGUGGGACCGGGGAUACCCACCACUAAGACCCCCCCCUGGGUCAACAUCAGCCACUACGACCCCCACCGCCUCCAGGAUUUAGCCCCCAUUUCUACAACUGUGGCGCCUGUGCCCGCUUACCCUUUCCCCACCGCAGACGUCCCAGACCACGCCCAUUACAUCAUCGGGGUGGUUAUAUUGUUUGUGGGCAUCACGGGCAUGCUGGGAAAUUUCCUGGUUAUAUACGCAUUCUGCAGGAGUCGAAGUUUGCGCACUCCCUCAAAUAUCUUCAUCAUAAACCUCGCAGUUGCAGACUUCCUCAUGUGUCUCACUCAGACGCCCACGUUCUUCGUGAACAGCAUGCACAAGCGCUGGAUCUUUGGAAGGAAAGUGUGUGAGUUGUACGCGUUCUGUGGCGCUCUCUUCGGGAUCUGCGGUAUGAUUACACUGAUGGUGAUUGCAGUGGACCGGUACGUGGUCAUCACCCGCCCCCUGGCCUCUCUGGGGGUCAUGUCCAGAAAGAAAGCCCUGCUCAUCUGCACUGUGGCCUGGGUCUACUCUAUGGGGUGGAGCCUGCCCCCCUUCUUUGGAUGGAGUGCUUAUGUUCCCGAGGGUCUGAUGACCUCCUGCUCGUGGGACUACAUGACCUUCACACCUCUGGUCCGCUCGUACACCAUGCUCCUCUUCACUUUCGUCUUUUUCAUUCCUCUGGGGAUCAUCAUCUUCUGCUACUUCUGCAUCUUCAGAGCCAUACGACACACUACCAGGGCUAUAACAAAGAUAAACUGUCAAGGAACCAGGGACUCAGCGAAGAAGCUCCACAAACUGAGGAGUGAGUGGAAAAUGGCCAAGAUCGCUCUGAUUGUGAUUCUGCUGUUUGUCCUCUCCUGGGCUCCGUACUCCUGCACCGCGCUCACGGCGUUUGCUGGGUAUGCGGACCUGCUGUCUCCUUAUAUGAACUCUAUACCUGCCGUGAUUGCCAAAGCCUCCGCCAUCCACAACCCCAUCAUAUACGCCAUCACGCACCCCAAAUACAGAUCCGCCAUCAGCCGUUAUGUGCCAUACAUCGGUGCCCUGUUGUGCAUAAAAUCCAGAGACCGCUUCAGCAGCAGCAGCUUCCAGUCAACACGACGCUCUACUCUGGCCAGCCAAUCAGACAGCGUGCAUCCCAGCAAAGUCCCGCCCUCCCUGUCUGAGAGCGAAUCAGGGCGGUUUUCGGACACGGAAGACGACUUGUCAGCACCCGCCAGUCGACAAGGGUCCGCAGAGGUCAGACAGGGGCGUCGUCAAAGCCAAAGGUCAAAGUUGAAAGUUUAUGGAGCAGAUAAACAAGCGGGAUAUGACAACUCUGACCUCAGUAUGUGUCAGCUUUCACAGAUAUCAAGUGUGACGGACACUGAAGACAUUUCUCUCUCAGACCUGAAUCUCCAGCCGACCAGUCUCCUCCCUGCAGCGUCUGACUCGGUCCACAGACCAACAGCCAAUAAAACAUCUGUCAUCGUCACGUCCAUCUCCAGCCCCUCCAUUUUGGACAGUCCCCCCGGUUAUCAUGGCAACUUCAAAAUAGCCAAAACGUGCAGCGGCAUCGCCAAGGACCCUCUGGACAUCGCACGGUUGGAGGCUACGGCUUUACCAUAA